GAGCCUUUCGGAUCUUCCGAACCGCUGGUGACCCUCGGAAAGUCCGUGCGUCCAGGUCCGGGGACGGGCCCGGCUGGUUUCUCCUCGCGGUCCAGUCUGCAGAUCAAUACUAUGACUGGUUGACCUGAUGCCUUUGUGUCGUAUCAGCUGACUCCUGAGCAGUCAUGACGUCCCAGCGGACCUGGUUUCUACGAGCUCAGUGUCAGGAAAGUGACGGUCCGUGUGCGGACCAGGACAGACAGAAACGCUGGGCUGAGCUGUUCGAUCAGCUGGACCUCAACAAAGAUGGACACAUUGACAUGGUGGAGCUGCGGGCGGGGCUGGCAGCCCGAGGUCUCUCCAGAGGCUCUUUGGAGAGGAUUGUGGAGGCUGGAGACACCAACCAGGAUGGAGUGUUGGACUUUGAGGAAUUCAUCCAAUAUCUCAGUAAUCAUGAAAAAGAGCUUAAACUGAUGUUUGGUCAUCUGGACAGGAACAACGAUGGUAGAAUAGAUGCAGCAGAGAUCCAGGACUGCCUGCGCACCAUUGGUGUGAAUAUUAGCUUAGAGGAUGCAACCAGGAUUUUACUAAGUAUGGAUAAGGACGGCACCAUGACAGUGAACUGGAAUGAGUGGAGAGACCACUUCCUGUUGAACCCACUCACUAACAUGGAGGACAUAGCACACUACUGGAAGCGUUCAUUUAUGUUGGAUACAGGCGAACAGCUGAUGGUCCCAGAUGAUUUUUCUGAAGAGGAGAAGAAAUCUGGUUUUGUGUGGCGGCAGCUGAUGGCCGGAGCUGUGGCUGGAUCCGUAUCACGAACUGGAACCGCCCCAUUAGACCGGCUCAAAGUCUUCCGACAGGUCCAUGGCUCCUCUGAUUUUAAAGGAAAUUUCCUGAGUGGUUUUCAGUACAUGUUGAAAGAAGGAGGACCGUGGUCGCUGUGGAGGGGAAAUGGAAUGAACGUUCUAAAAAUUGCUCCUGAGACCGCUGUCAAGUUCACAGCUUAUGAACAGAUCAAGUGUUUGAUGCGUGGAAGUAAUGAAACUAGAACUCUGAGGAUUCACGAGAGGUUUGUUGCUGGUUCUUUAGCUGGAGCAACAGCUCAGACUGCCGUCUAUCCAAUGGAGGUGUUAAAGACCCGUCUCACUCUGAGAAAAACUGGUCAGUACUCAGGAAUGACGGACUGUGCCAAACAGAUCCUACAGAGGGAAGGUGUCACUGCCUUCUACAAAGGUUACAUCCCCAACCUGCUGAGUAUCGUCCCGUACGCUGGCAUCGACCUGGCAGUCUACGAGACUCUGAAGUUUGCGUGGCUCAACAGGAACAGAGGCGUGGCCGACCCGGGGGUGAUGGUUUUAGUCGGCUGCGGUGCCGUUUCCAGCACCUGUGGACAGCUGGCGAGUUACCCGCUGGCUCUGAUCCGCACACGCAUGCAGGCUCAAGCGUCAGUAAAAGGAGCCCCUAAGCUCUCCAUGCUGUCGUUGCUUCACAACAUCGUGACCCAGGAGGGCAUCGCUGGACUUUAUCGAGGAAUCUCCCCCAACCUGCUGAAAAUCGUCCCCGCCGUCAGCGUGUCCUACGUGGUUUACGAAUACAUGAGGCUAAUGCUGGGCGUGGACAUUGAGGGUAGGAGGGGCGGAGGAAGGGGUCGAUGAGGGAGAAAUGGUUUGCGAGCAUGUGCACAUCUGGUGUCAUGGCAUGAAGAAACUGAGCAGUUCUGAGGACGAUGAAAUGAAAACACAUACAGUUAAUACUGUAUAUAUUUUAUUAGACCUGACAUUCCGUGAUGGGAUACAUAUCGCCUGCUGUGUUCAUGCCAAGGUUUAAACCAAGGUGUUGUGUGAUCAGUUGGUGCUUGAAGCAUGUGUUGGGAAUGACUCUCAGCUACUUCCACACCAAAUUUUAUCACAGUAUCUGUAAAAGUGACUGAGUUAUGUUGCUUCUUGUGAUUCGCUGUGGCAGCCAUCUUCAGAGUUUCAUUCAGAUUUGUUCACAGGAGAUAUUUUGCUAACAAAGGAACACACUGCAGGCAAUUCCAUGAUCACCUGCCUUUCAUGGCAGCAGACAGAAAUGAGUGCUCCAUCUGUCCUGGAAACUGCUGGUUUCUUGACUUAUUGCAUUUUAAAGCACGAUGACCGACAAGCAUGUUGCUGCUGCAGUGGUUUGGACUUGCAAGAACUCGCCAAAAUACAACAACUGGAAUCAGAUUAACAUUCCUUCGGCAUCAUUUCUCUUACCAGGUGGUUUGUAGAGAAGAUUGAUGGCUGUGAGCGAGAGGAAGCCCGACGUGCUGCACUGUGGUGAAACAACAAACUGGACUUGUCUUAAAACACAACAGCUGUACAAUAUCAGCUGAAAUCAUCCCAUAGAAGAGGAUCUUUAAAACACUUGUUUAACAGGCACACUGCUGCAAGUAUUACUGUUGAAGAACGCACAAAGACUUGAGAAUUAUACAAGAGAAGCUGCCAAGUUUAAAUAUACCUCACAAGGAGCUAAACUAACAUGUUCUUCCACGUGCUUAUCCCUGGGAAAGCAAUAAAUUAUCAUGAGCCAGACUGUAUUUUCAAAGAUUUUAUGUUAAAGAGAUAUUUUUGUCAUAAAAUGGUAAAUGUUAUUUAUUCAUAGUUAA